AUGGCGGGGCGGCCCGGGGCCGGGGCCUCGCCGCCGGCCGACCGAGAAGGAGCGGCGCCCAAUGUGGUGGCGCGGCUGUCGCAGUGGGCGGACGACCACCUGCGCCUCGUCCGGAACAUCAGCACCAUAAUGGCCAUAGUGGGAAUAUCAUUACUUCUAAGAAGUGUACGGCUGACAUCAAAAUUUACAAGUUCUUCAGACAUCCCACUAGAAUUUAUAAGAAAGAAUGUUAAACUACGUGGACGAUUACGCCGAAUAACUGAGAAUGGAUUAGAAAUUGAACACAUUCCUAUUACUUUACCUAUUAUAUCUUCGUGGAGAAAAGAGCCCAGUGGGGCUUUGCUGGUUAAGCUGGCUGGAGUAGAACUCACCACAUCUGGGAAGAUGUGGUUACAAAAAGAACUAAAACCUUCCCAACUACUGUGGUUCCAGCUUCUUGGAAGGGAGAACUCAGUCCUCUUUUGCUACCUUUUAGUGAAUAAGGGUAGAUUUUUUAAUGUGAAUCUAAAUGAAGACAUUUUGAGAAGAGGCCUUGGCAAAACUGUUCUUGUUCAAGGACUAGAUCAUGAUUCUAAAAUGUAUUGGAAAAUUCACAGACGCUUACUGAAAGCUGAAUUAAAAGCCUUAAAAAAGGGAGAAGGAAUAUGGAAGGAAGAACAUGAAAAAAAAUCUUAUUUGGAAAAAUUCAAAGGCUCCUGGGGAGAAUAUUGGAAAAAAGAUAGUUAUUUUUAA